GACGGGACGGGCGGGGGCGUGGCUGGGAGGAGCCGAGCUGCAGGUAACCACCGGCACCCACCGGGACCCCUCCGGUAACCCCCGGGACCCCUCCGGUAACCCCCGGGUACUCCCGGAUACCCACAGGUACCCACCGGGACCCCUCCAGAACCCACCGGGAAGCACCAGAACCCACCGGCACCCACCGGGACCCCUCCAGUAACUCCUGGGUACCUCCAGGGACCCACCGGGACCCACCGGGAGCCCUCCGGUACCCCCGGGACCAACCGGAACCCCUCCGGUAAUUCCCAGGCACCCACCGGGACCCACCGGAACCGCCCCGCACCCACCGGGACCCCCGCAGGAGGUGACGAUGGCGAGCGAGCGGCUGCGCAGCGCCCAGGACCUGCUGGACCUGACCUUCCAGUCGCUGGCCAUGCAGCACAUGGACCUGAAGCAGGUGGAGCUGGACACGGCCGUGGCCAAAGUGGACGAACUCUCCCGGCAGCUCGAGUCCCUCUGGACGGACGGGCCCGGACCCCCCCCCCAAAAGCCCCCUCCCCACGGGGCCCCCCCCCGGCCCUACGAGUUCCUGGGGGGGCUCGGGGGGUCCCCGCGGGCCGGGGAGGGGCCGGGGGGGGCGUUCUUGGCCGAGAGACCCCCGGCGCCCCCCCCGUACGAGGUGCAGGGGCUGUACCCGAGCCUGAGCGGCGCCCCCGGAACGUUCUGGGCUCAGGAUGACCUCGGCGUCAAACGGCGGCCGCACAAAAGUUGGAACGAGUCCGACCUGGACGUGGCCUACGAGAAAAAACCGCCCGGCUCGGGGGGCUACGAGCGGACCCCCGAGGGACAAGCGAGACCCCCGCUGGGGCUCUGGAGAGAAUCCAGCCUGGACGGGGCCGGGCCGGGCAAGGACGGCGCUUUCGCCCCUCACAGCGCCACGCUGCCCCGCAAUUACAAGCUGUCGCCUCUGGAGCGGGAGCGGCGGCAGGACGGGGGGGCCCCGGCGGCGAUUUUCCGCUCGCCCCCCGCCGCCAGGACGCUGCCCCGCGGCUGGCAGCCGGUGUCGCGCAUCCCCGUGCCCCCCCCGGCCGCCGGGAGACCCCCCCGCCACAAGCCGCUGCCCCUCUCCAUGAUUUUCCGGCUGCAGAAGGCGUUCUGGGAGCAGGGAGGCGCCGGCCUGGCCCCGAGGGGCUUCCAGCCUCUGCUCGCCCCCCAAGGCGGGGGGGGCCGGGGGUCGCCCCAAAAGCUGCCGGCCGUCGGCGUGGGACCCCCCGGGAUGGGCGGGGGGGAAGCCCCGCUCCGCCCCGCUCUCCCCGAGCCCCCCGCGCCGACCCCUCCGGAGACCGAGGCCGAGCUGGAGCGGCUCCUGCGCGGCUCCGACGCCGAGGCCGCGGCGGAGGGACCCCCGGAGGGACCCCCGGAAUGUCCCCCCGAGGGACCCCCGGCCCGCCCGCUGAGCCCCACGCGGCUGCAGCCGCUGCUGCCGCCCGAGGCGCGCCGGGUGCCCGAGUUCCAGGAGGUGGCCCGGGUGCUGGCCGAGAUGCCGAGGCCCCUGAAGCGCCGCGGCUCCAUGGAGCAGAGCCCCGGCCCCGCCGCGGCCCCGUCCCGCGCCCGGCAGUACCGGCAGCUCAUCACCCGCCUGCUGCACCGCCCGCCCGCGCCGGGCGACGGCUCCGCCGAGGUGGCCCUGUCGCUGUCACCUCCUCCUGCUGCUGCUGCUGCUCCUGCCGUGGAGAGCUCGGCGCUGGUGGCACCGGCGGUGGCGGCGGCCGCGGUGCCGGUGAGCGGUGGCGGAGGGGACGGGGCGGGGGGAGGGUGGGGCCGGGAGGUGUCGAACGGUGUCGUUGUCCCUUGGAGACCCCCGAGGUGUCGCACGGUGUCAUUGUCCCCUGGAGAUCCCCCUGGUCAUUGUCCCCUGGAGAUCCCCGAGGUGUCAUUGUCCCAUGGAGAUCCCUUGGUCAUUGUCCCCUGGAGAUCCCCGAGGUGUCGUUGUCCCCUGGAGAUCCCCGAGGUGUCGCAUGGUGUCAUUGUCCCCUGGAGACCCUCUGGUCAUUGUCCUCUGGAGAUCCCCGAGGUGUCAUUUUCCCCAGGAGAUCCCCCUGGUCAUUGUCCCCUGGAGGUCCCCGAGGUGUCGCACAGUGUCAUUGUCCCCGGGAGAUCCCCCGGUCAUUGUCCCCUGGAGAUCCCCGAGGUGUCACAUGGUUUCAUUGUCCCCUGGAGACCCUCUGGUCAUUGUCCCCUGGAGAUCCCCGAGAUGUCGCACGGUGUCGUUGUCCCCUGGAGAUCCCCCUGGUCAUUGUCCCCUGGAGACCCUCUGGUCAUUGUCCUCUGGAGAUCCCCGAGGUGUCAUUGUCCCCUGGAGAUCCCCGAGAUGGUGCACAGUGUCGUUGUCCCCGGGAGAUCCCCCGGUCAUUGUCCCCUGGAGAUCCCCCUGGUCAUUGUCCCUCGGGGACACCCGAGGGGUGCUGUCCCCGGUGUCCGGGGUGGUGUCCCCCGUGUCCGGGUGCUGUCCCCGGUGUCCCCUGAGCUCUCCCCGCUGCGGCAGGAGCUGCGCUCGGCCCUGCGGGACCCCUCCUCACCCUGGGGGUGUCCCGGGGUGAUGUCCCCAAUGUCCGGGGUGGUGUCCCCCAUGUCCCUGGUGUCCCCUGAGCUCUCCCCGCUGCAGCAGGAGCUGCGCUCGGCCCUGCGGGACCCCUCCUCGCCCCGGGGGUGUCCCGGGGUGGUGUCCCCAAUGUCCGGGAUGGUGUCCCCAAUGUCAGGGGUGGUGUCCCCAAUGUCUGGGGUGCUGUCCCCCGUGUCCCCGGUGUCCCCUGAGCCCUCCCCGCUGCGGCAGGAGCUGCGCUCGGCCCUGCGGGACCCCUCGUGCCCGCGGCGCCGCCCCGGGGCCCGGGUGCGCCUGAACCCGCUGGUGCUGCUGCUGGACGCGGCGCUGACCGGGGAGCUGGACGUGGUGCAGCAGGCGGUGGCAGAG